AUGAAAACACCUGGCCUCGGCUCGAGGAUAGAUAUUGUGCUCACUCUCAUCCGACAAGGAUUUUUCUUCGGUGAUAAUGGGCUUAUCACUGAGAACCUCCCCAAAGCAGAAAGAUUCAUCGAGGAGGGUGGUGACUGGCUUAAGACUGUUGGCGCACUUCUCCUCGAUGCACUAUCGACAUUCAUUGCUACUGAACUCAACAAACGGCUUCGUAAAUCGCUUGCAAACAAGAAGGGUGGCGCGACAGCUACGUUGUUGAAGCAAGCUCAAGCCCUCGUACGAGCACAGCUGGACAAGGAAGCAAUUAGUCUAGCGUCUGUUAAUGUCCCCGAGUUGCGCAUGUAUGUUUCCUCCAUUUUAUCGCUCUUAUUGGAGGGAGCUAUGUGUCAAGGAUCGAGGCUGAUCGGGUCGCGAGCAUUUGAAGCCUAUUUGGACCUCGCCAAGUGCUGCUCAGCACGUUUGGAUACGUUCCACAAGUGGGUUGGUGUGGCGACAUUGCGAAGCCUUGGAAUAGCAUCGGUGCCCGAGGAACUGCAGGCUGAACAACUUAGCUCUCUUGUGCCACACGUUCUGUAUCGUCUGCGAUCGCUAUCAGAACAAACUCCGUUUGACGCUGCAACCUUUUCUUAUGCAUUCCCACUCCUUGCACAGGUGUUACUGAAGGGUGGUGUAGACGCCGGCCAAGAUGAUGGCGUUGAAGCACUCGAACAAAUAACUCUCGUGCUCGACAUUAUCAAGUUUCAUUGCAGCGAAUUUUCGGAUGCAGCAUUUCCCCGAACAGCAACCAUGGAGCACGUUCUCCACGCCAUAAGGCAUCAGCCGCGACCUAGCAAGGAAGCAUCAUCUGUUCUCAUUGACCUCGGAGAGGCUGUGCAGUCGAAUGUGACCCGUGAUGAGGUCCGUGUGCUCAUUGAUGGCACACUAUUGCAAGGUGUCUACGUCAGGAACGCCUGUCUGCAAGCCAUCCAGCCAUUCGAUUUGACCGAUCUUGAUUGGUCUCCGCAACUUUGGAUAGCCUGCCAUAACGAUGACAAGCAGAAUGCCCGUCUCGCUAAUCACGCAUGGGAGGAUAAUGGCUUGGAUGUGCCAGAAGACUUCCUUGACAAAGCACAACAAUGCCUGCUCUGCAAGACUUCUACCAGGAAAAGUUUGAAGGCUAAGAGGCUGUUCGGCCGAGAGGGAGAAGGAUCAGGUCAUGCUGCACGUGCUGUCGAGGGCACCAUAGACGCUGGUAUGAGCACCUAA